AUGUACAAGUUUGAUGAAGAACUUGAGCUUGUCUGUUUGCCGGCUGUUAUUUACAAACAACUUGUUGAUGAAUUAAAUGAUUACGGUUGGAAUGUACUGGCUGAACAAGUGUCACAACAGCUUGGGUUCAUUGGUUGCAGUUGGAUAAAAUCAUUAGAUGAUAAAAUGAAUUCAAAAAGUUCACCGGCUGAAAAUUUACUAGAUGAAUUAAAUAUACGAAUGUGUACAGUGAGGACCUUAGGUAAACUAUUAGAAAAUUGUAAAUUAUUACGAGCGCUUUCAAUUAUUCAUGAACCACAAGCGUUAGUGAUCACGAGGCAGCCUAAUUCAAAUGAAACUGAUGAAGUAAGAGUAGCUUUAGGUAAAUGUUUUAAAUUAAAAUGCCAAGCUACAGGAUUACCACCGCCUGUUUAUGCUUGGUAUCACGAGAAUCUUCCGCUGGAGGGUCAAAAUAAAGAUGAAUUGAGUAUUAUUAUCAAUAGUACUGAUCAAGAAGGAGAAUACAAGUGCCAAGUGACCCAAAUUAGUUCAGAUGAGUUAAUUAUCGAUCAAUUAACGUCAAAUCCUGUUUGUCUAAAAAUAAAAUCAACGCCUGUUGUUAUUACUAAACAGCCAUUACCGAUGGUUGAAGUACAUAUUAAUGGUACCCUUAGAUUAAGUUGUUUAGUAGACAGUCAUCCGGCUCCUAAUUAUCGCUGGUUUCAUGACAAUACUCACUUGAAGAUGCAGAAAUCACAUGAACUGGUUAUAGAAAAAUUUGAAGCUCAACAUGAAGGAAAAUAUUAUUGUCAUAUUUUUAAUGAUAUCAGUGAAGUUUAUAGUGAAAAAAGUAAUGUUAUUAUCCAAUUGCCUCGAGAAAAAGCAGUUGCCAAAAUAGCAUUGUUGAUAGCAAAUGAAAAUUAUUAUUACCAGGAAAAAUUAAAAACACCACAAAAAGAUGUGGCUAAACUUGGGCAACUAUUAGAACAAAUUGGAUUCCAAGUUAUUUGUUUGUUAAAUUUAACCACCAGCCAAAUGAAAAAUGCUAUGAAAAUUUUUAGCUCAUUACUUUGUGAUGGUGUCUAUGGUUUAUUUUACUUUGCCGGUCAUGGUUUUAAAAUGCAGGAAAGUUACAUGCUUGCAGUAGAUGCUCCAAAUAAUUUUUUGAGAACGGAUGCAAUAUGCGAGAGCGAAUUACUUGCAAUGAUUCUUCCUAAAGAUCCAGCACUGCUCGUUGUGAUUCUCGACACGUGUCAAACAGUCCCUCCGAAGGAAUUAAAUCCAGAAAUUCAUAGGGAGAUCCCAAAAGUAAACGAGUAUAGAAGUAACAAAAAUCUGAGAAAUUUAAUUCAAGCGUACUCGACAUCCAGUCAUCGACCAAGUUAUGAAAGAUUGAGUACUAAUUGUGGAUUAUAUAUUACUCAUUUGAGUAAAUUUAUAACAAGAGACAUACCAGUGCAAAAAGUAUUUGAAGAAACUGGAAAAUCAAUUGAUAUCUGGUUUGAAGGCAAAGAGAGAAAUCAAAUUCCAAUGUUUGCUUUAACUGUUACUAAACCUUAUCGGCUUAUCGACGCUAUUUACGCAGGAAAACCGUCAGACGUUAUCAAUUAUUUAGAAACCAUUACAACUUUUCCAAAUAAAAUAAUUGAUCUAAAUUUUAAACAGAGUGGAAUUAAUUGUCAACUUGUCAUUACACAAUUAAUGAAACCAUAUUUAAAUUUUGUAAAGCUUACUCUCAUUGGUCUAAACGAUGAUGUCACUGGAAAUCUCUAUCAUUCCGUAAAAUUAGAAAAAAAUAAUUUAUAUCGGUGUUCUCAAAAGAAUGAAUUCCACCUACAUAAUCCUCAGAUUAAUAAAGGGCCCAUCGUUAUAUCUAUUGAAAGAUGCGGUUAUUCCAUUGGCGCUACAUUAUUUCAAGUUAGUGAUCACAUUCCACUAUUAUUACGCAACUUGUAA